AUGUCUUACAUGGACGCCACCGGCUCCUCCCCAGACACGGUAGACACCGGUCACGGUAAAUCGCCGAAUGCUUCCGUGUCGGAACAAUCGGCAGCACAUCGGAAGCCUGGGAAACGGGAUCGCGUCGCUCUGGCUUGUCAAAGGUGUAAGACGCGGAAGCAGAAAUGUGAUGGCCAACGACCAGCGUGCGCUUCUUGUGCUCGGCUGUCGUUGAAGUGCGUCUACAUCGUCCCUCUGGUUCCAGCUGCUGGCGAGAAGAAGAUAUACAUCAGAGCCCUCGAGCAACGGGUCGCCGAAUUAGAGUCAUAUCUCGCCUCGCUCGGUCACAUGGGCACAGGUACCGACCAUCUUGGACGCCCGGCGCAAGCAUCAUCGUCACACCAGCACGCCAUUGCAUCCGGCAAUCAGUCGGGCCAGCCAAUAUCGCAGGGCCAACAAACCUCUGAUGACGAUGAUGACAACGAUAUUCUUGUUGCUGUCAGGGACUUGUCUCUCUCGGCCUCGGGCCAUUACGUAGGCGCUUCGUCCAAUAUCACGAUAGGCCGCGUGCUCAGCUCCGUCGUGCACAGUCAGCGGGCUGCAAACCCCUUUGUGUACGACGAACAGGUCGCACAGGGCGAUGAUGACCCAGCGCCCAAAAGCGUAUAUUCAACGAGCCAAGGAGAUGUGAUGGGGGUCCCAUUUCUAAGCCCAAGUGUAGCUACAAGACUGCUGCAGGGUUGGUUUAGGCACAUUGCCACGAGAUAUCCAGUGAUCCAUUCAGCACGGUUGAUGGAGCUUCACAACAACAGAGACAGUUUGACGGACGACUUCGGCCGCGCAAUUCUCCAUAUUAUUUAUGCCGUCAGUGGAAGAUGGCUUGAGUCGGCUGGAGAGAUGGGCCACUUUUUCAGUGACCAACACUACGAUCUCGCCUUUGCUCACAUGGACUCUAUCUUGCGGCUAAGGGAUUCUCGGGCAGUCGAUUAUCUUCUACUCAUGGCACUUUAUUGUACGAGAGCUCCGAGAGAUCCGGGCGCGUGGACGUACGUGGGAGCUGCGAUGAAAUUGUGCAUCGAACUGGGCCUACACCGCCGACCAAGAAGACCUCAACUCAGCGUCGAAGGCGAGAUGAACAAGCGCCGGUUUUGGACGGCCUACUUCUUGGACAGGGACGUUUCGAUCGCCAUCGGACGUCCCCCAUGUAUAUCAGAUCAUGAUAUUGACGCAGAGCUUCCAUUUGACAUCAACGAGGACACUCUCGACAUCGAAAUCAUUCGGCAAGCGUCGAUGCGGGUCGGCAAUGCACCAUUGAACCCUCCGACCACCCUGACGUCUUUCAUUCACCGCACGAGGCUCAAGCUGAUCGAGUCGGAGAUCCAGCAUGUCAUUUACAGAGUCGAUCGUCCUAACAAAGUGCCGGACACCACGAUCAACAUGUUCAUCGACCGGCUCAGCGCUUGGCAAGAUGCGAUCCCCUACGACGCCAGGAAUUACGUCCACCGCCAAGACGUAGCUUAUGACGGCCUCGAGUUCUACACAAUUCAUUAUCAUCGCUGUGUCCGGUUCUUGCUAUUCCCGCAAUUAGCAGAGAUUCCCCUUAACAUGCGGUACUUGCGGCUCUGCUCGGAUGCUUCUGCAGGCAUCAUCACCGACUAUCGAAGAUUGCAUACCGUCUUUCCUGUUGGCUUCUCAGCAUUGUCGAUCCAGUCCGUUUUCUUGGCCGGUCUAACCCUGAUAUAUUGUGCCUGGCUGGCCCCGGUCAAUUUCCUGAGCGUUGAGGGUCCGUUGACAGACUGUCAGUUGCUCCUAUACAUAGUCACGGAGCGUUAUCCUUCUGCCCGGAAGUAUCGUGACGUCUUUGAGCGGAUUAGGUCAUCUAUUCUUAGUAUGAUUGCGCAAGGCAAGCACCAGCCUCGGAACCCUGUCCGUAUCGAACCCAACAUUCAGGACGAUUUUCCGACCCCACCAGCUCAAUGGGGUAAUGGCGCGGGCGACGAAUACAAUUACAUGAUCACGACUAUGACUGGAAAUGCGGCGACGUCUCAGUUCGAUCUGGGCAUAGAUCCAGCAACAAUCGACUUGGUCGGCCGACAUGCGGGUCAAUCUGUCACAGGCAUGGGUCAGUUUCAGACUGCCUGGCCGGGAAUGACGUCCCAAGGCAUGUCCCAAGGCAUGUCUCAAGACAUGCCCCAGGAUAUGCCCCAAGACAUGAAUGACAUGGGUGCCAUGGGCGGUAUGUUCCGAUAA